AUGCCGGACCAAGAUUUGCUCAAGGUCCUAGAGGCUCAUGGACAACAGUUCCUGCAGUCAUUUGAGACUACCACCGUCGUUGGGAAGCGCAAAAAAGGACCCCACUCCACCCUCGAUAGGGCGAUCAGCAAGAAGAAGCGUGUGGAAGAGGCUUCUGAAGAAGAAGAGUGGGCAGGGAUCACUCAACGCUCUACCUCGAGCGAGGCGGAGGGAGAAGACGAGGAUAGCGAAGGCGUGACCGACGAGCCAGAGGAUGACGAUGACGACUUCACAUACGAGUCGUGUGCCCCCCAGCCCGACGUCGUUGUAUUUUCGGAGGCGGGCAGAUCCUCCGCUGUCACCAGAGCGUCGAAAACGGGCUUCAUGUCCUCGAAAGUCACCAAGCUAACCGAGGACGCGGCGAAACCCUCCCAGAAGCAGAAAGUGCGCUCUGCGGAUGAUGAGGACGAUCUGACGAACGCGCAGAACGACGCGCUUCUCCACCGGCUGGUGCACACGCAACUUCUCUCCGGCUCGCUCAAGCACGACCUCGACCUGACGCCUGCACAGCGCAAAAAGGCCCUCGCGGGGCGCAUCCUCGAGGCCGCGGGAGGCGCGAAGCUCGGCAAGGGGGAGGCGGCGGUGAGGCAGAAGGAGCGGAACCGCGCGGCGAAACACGUGCGCGACGGGCUCUUGGAAAAGCAGCAGCAGAGGCGAGAGAAGGAGCUGGAGGAGGCGAAGCAACUGGGGAAUUAUCACCCUUCGCUGAAGGCUCUUUAUGAUCCCUCGAGCUCGAAGCCGAGUCAUAAGAGGGAACGAGGCAUGAAGAUGGGCGUCGGAUCGUUCAAGGACGGGAUCCUGCGGUUGGGUAGAAACGACAUCGUUGCAGCAGAAAGGAGGAGCGGAAGUAGUAGAGGUAAAGGUGCGCGUAGGAGAGGCGGGAAGCGAUGA